AUGUUCCGGACCGACGACAUUCUCGUAGGCGUACGGUGCAUACAGAAUCGUGUGACCGUUGCCGGUCCAAACCGCAUGCGACGACAUCGUGCUCGAAUGCCGCCAGCCGCCCGG